AUGGAUCAGCGCCGCAAAUCAUUCAAAACUGUCUACAACGGGUCAGAUGAGAACAGAGUCCAAACUCCAGACCAUCAACAUCAUGACUCCGACAACAUGUCCAGCCGCCUUCGCGAACGCCGCUCAACCCGUUUUGGCGAGUUGUCUACUGCUAAAGGAAGGCAUCGAUGGAAGUCGGAAAACUCGAGAGCCAGAAAAAAGAACAAAAGAACAAAAUCCUACAGUUGA